AUGGCAGAGAUUCCCGCGGCAAGCGCCAGCACUGAUCGCUUUCAGAAGGCCCUGCAACCCCAGGUUGGACCCUUCCGGGAGGUACAUUUGCUUGGGGAAGGAAGCCCUGGUGUUCGUCACAUUGAGAUUAUCGCCUCACAUUUUCGCCUUGUGGAUCGUGUCUUUCUCUUUCUCGGUGUCUUCCUUAUCGCGUAUGUCUAUGGUCUAGAUGGAACUGUCCGCUAUACCUACCAGCCUUAUGUAACGCAAAGUUAUGGACAGCACAGUCUGCUGGCUACAGUCAAUGUUCUUCGCGCUGUUAUCGCUGCCGCCGCACAGCUCACGGCUGCGAAAAUUGCAGACGUAUUCGGCAGAGUCGAGCUUAUCAUUGUGUCGAUUGUUUUCUACACCGUCGGAACGAUCAUCGAGACUUUCUCUAAAACCGUGGAAGCUUUCUGUGCAGGAGCUGUGAUCUACCAGAUUGGAUAUACAUGCAUCAUGUUGCUUGUAGAAGUCUUGAUUGCCGAUGUUACAUCUACACGAUCCCGACUUCUUUUUCUUAUAUUCCUACGUUGCCAUUCAUCCCGUUCUAAAAUUCACCUCCUGGCAAUGGGGUAUCGGGAUGUUCGCCAUUAUCUACCCAAUUUGCGCCUUUCCCCUGAUCAUUGUUUUGUUCCUUGUCCACCGCCGCGCCAAGGCCUCCGGUCAGCUCUGAGUCCUAUAAAAGCUCACUGGACCGGUCGGCGCCAGCGUCUUGUAGUGGAGCUUUUCUGGCAUUUGGGUGUGAUUGGUACUAUAUCGCUGAUUGCCAUGCUCGCCUGUAUCUUGGUCCCAUUCACCCUCGCCGGUGGCGUGACUCCACAAUGGAAAACUGCAAAGGUCCUUGCCUCACUAGUGAUUGGUAUUCUACUGAUCCCUGUGUGGGCAUACUGGGAAAGGACAUGCAUGCAUCCAAUGCUGCCGUUCAGAGUGAGUUUAAAUCUUGAUACAAUUGGUAGAAGCAAUGCAAAAACUAACAUGGCCUCACAUAGCGCCUUUAAGAUCGCGGUGUAUGGGGGCGACUGUUUGUACACUGUGCUCUAUGUGAGCUUUGAUGAAUCCGUGCUGAGUGCGACUCGCAUUACCUCACUCUACAGCUUCACGUCAGUGAUUGCAGGCACUAUCCUGGGUUUCAUGAUUAUCAAGGCCCGGCAAUUGAAACCUUUCAUAGUUUCCGGAACGCUGCUAUUUACCAUUGCCUUUGGUAUUCUUAUUCAUUGUCGUGGUGGCGCGAGUGGGUCAAGUCAUUCGGGAGUCAUUGGUGGAAAAGAUCUUCUGGGUCUUGAUCUUGCUGUUGUCACUGGAAUCUACCUUGCAUCCUACAACAUUGGCAGUGCUUUGGGGAACACCAUUCCCGGUGCCAUCUGGAAUCAAGUACUUCCGGCAGAGUUGAACCGCAGGCUUGGAAAUGCGACACUUGCUGCGGAGGUUUAUGCACAGCCACUACUUUUCGCUGAUGCCAACCCAGUAGGGACGCCCGACAGAGACAAUGUGAUUCUUGCCUACCAGAAGACACAGCGUCUACUUUGCAUCACUGGCAUCUGUCUGACGAUUCCAUUGAUUGUUUUCGCUCUUUUUAUUCGCAACCUGAAGUUGACGAAAGAGCAGAUUCUUGCCAAGGCUGAGGAAGAAUCCACGUCAGACUCCGGCUCAGAGAGAGCCUAA